UGCGAAAUAUUUAUCAACAAAAUUUACAUACUGAGCCGAGCGGGAAUGGCGUUACCGCUUGCCAGUACAACUCGAGGGGAAAUGAUACGCCAUCAGAUCCAUGAAAGCGACCAACAACCAGCAGCACUAAAUGCACAGUCGAAAAGAAAGCACAGCGGUACCGGCAUUUUGGUACGAUGCCACCCACAUUGCGCCAAAAUGUCUGAACUUCUCCCCAAUCAUGUAUGAGAAGAGAAGUUUCUCAUCAAUGAAACGCUAAAUAAGUAGCUGCCCCGCUCAUGCAACCAAUAGUCACAUGGCGGUACCGGUACUUUGGUAAAUACGAUGACUGUGAUGGAAAUAAUUACAUCGCUGAAAUGCAAUUGAUCCUCACCAAAGAAUCGCAAUGAUACCGGGAUGGUCCGCAGUGCGCAGUGCGCUUGAUCUUGAUGCUUUUUGAGUAUUUUAUCACAUUCAAAAUUGCAAAAGCACUCAGCGGUACCGGUAUAUUGGUAAAUAAGGGGCUCAAGCUAUGGUUCUUGCUGUUCAGCUUCCAAUAGUUAAUGAAUUCAGCCUUUAGCCGAAUUCUUGCGGGCUAUUUCGAAAAUGCUGUUGCAUUAUGGCAUGGAAACGUCGAAAGCGUUUGCUGUGUCAAGCCAUGAAGCAAAAAUACGGGCGAGACCUCGACAUGGUACAUAAGUUGUAAGUCCCAGAUUAGUCGCAACAGGGAAAGGAAUAACUUGCCAGACCCUUAAUUAUUGUUAGCAGCUGUCUGAGUACCUUUCCACUCUGAGAUGAGGGUAUCAGAAAGUGGUGUUGGAACUGGAUGAUUCGCUGAGAGUAGCAUCGCUAUUAUGUUGGCGCCGACUUGUUGCCAGCUUCAUGUUGGAUUCCUGCUUUCUGAAAUACGCAUUCAAGUGUACAAAAAGUGAAGAUAUAAGGAACAAUGAUACCUCACGUCCAAAUCUAAACGCACACAUUUCCAUCAUCAGCUGGCUGAUAACUUCACACUAUCCAUUAGCUAUCCUUUCUCUUGUCAUCUAGAAUCAAUCUCCAGCUCCAAGUCCAUUACAAUUAUCCCUCGCUCAGUUGUAACUGAAAUAGAUCCAGAGUAUGGUUACAUCCUUCAGAUGCCACAGAAAGUAUGGUGCUAACAAAUGUCAGGCUUUCCCGUACACUCUCUCAUAAGCUUAACUUUUUAGAGACGAUUAUCUCGCCCAAGAUGGAUCACGGAAGAAGGAAUUCUGACAACACCAAGGAUCACCUGGUAAGUCAAUAGUCUUCAACCAUAAGCCAUAAUCUGACCCUGUCUUUAGCAAUACCACACACCGCGUGGAAACAUCACACACAAAGUAGUAGUCGCCGAAAUCGCCAGAGCUCCACCCGCUACACCAAGAAACCCCGUAAACAACAUGCCACACAGAUACAUGAACAGAGAAGGCGACCGUCCAAACCAAUAUCCUCUUUUCGAAAGCCGAGAAUUACCUCAGCGACGAAUCAACCCAACCAGAACGGGACCAGUCCCUUUAUACGAGUAUCCGGUCACUACACCCAACAAGCCAUCUUUCGAUUACAGCCGAGCAUCUCGCGAGCAGCAAGCGGCAAUCGCACCGCAUGAGCGAGCAAUGAUGCUUGAGCCGGAAAAUAGGCCUAAUGAUGUGGGAUUUAUGAGGGGUAUUACGGGUCCCGAUAAAAAGGUCGUGGGUGCUAUAUAUCAUCCUGCUGGAGACCGUAGGGGCUUUGCCCGUGCGGAACUCGAACCUCUUGAUCGUCAGGGAAGAGAACAUAAUCGAAUGCUUCAUGAUAGAGCGCAGCAUGCACCACGAUCCCCAACGUGGCCGACUAGAUCAUCUUGAUAAAGGUUGCCUAUGAAUUAGCGAGCUUCAGGAGAAUAAAUUGGAAGGCCCGAUGGUACUGAGAAGGAGUAAGGCAAUGUAUAAGGAAGAGGUUGUAGAUUGAGAUUGAGUCGGAGAACAGGCGUGGCGUGGGUUGGAAAAAUGAAAUGGAAAUGGAAAAUUCAAAGAGCAAGGUAUGCGGGAUUGUGUUGGAGAAUGAGAUUGGAGGAUGUAGUAGAUAGGAAUAAUUUUGCAUUUGUUUGGUUCAAAUCGGAUGCUUGCUGUUUGGAUUUUGUUUCCCUUGUUCAUCGUCUCAUUUGCGGGAAAUCGGCUGUUUAAUCUCAAUCAUGUUACUUGUUCAAAGAGCACUUACUAUCAUCAAAACCAAUAGAACAA